GAUUUGAGUAAAUUAAAAAGCGCGUUUUAGAGUUCAACGCGCCUUGACAGCCACCGCGCGUUUCUGAACUCCGAUCAAGUUCGAUGUCAGGAUUCGCACCUCACAUAGUGUUCCUCCUCGUUCUUGUCUCUGUCUCCUUGUCGCCGUCCGUCAGGUGUUUAGGUAAAGAGAGAACACUGGGUAUGAUAAAGCCAGAUGGAGUCUCUGGUAACUACACCGAGGAGAUCAAAAUGAUCAUCGUCGAUUCCGGUUUCAGUAUUGUCAAUGAGAGGCUUACUCAGCUUGACAAGGAGACAGCUUCCGCGUUUUACGAAGAGCACUCGUCGAGGAGCUUUUUUCCUGAUCUUGUUUCUUACAUGACAAGUGGUCCGGUGUUGGCGAUGGUGUUGGAGAAGAGAGACGCGGUUUCUGAUUGGCGUGGUUUAAUCGGGCCUACGGAUGCUCAAAAGGCUAAGAUAUCUCAUCCUCACAGCUCUUUGUCUUGUUCUUACAGCAUCAGAGCAUUAUGUGGUAAGGACUCGCAAAGAAACUGUGUGCACGGCUCCGAUUCAACAUCAUCAGCUGAGAGAGAGAUAAAGUUUUUCUUCGAGGAUGUUGUUUCAGAUGACAUCGCUUCCCACCAACAUGAUGAACUUUAGAAAACACAAAAACGUGUUCUCUUUGUAAUCUUGUAACUGUUGUUUAAUCUAUAUAGUCUCACAUAUACUGUUUCAUAACAAAUGUUCAUUAAUUUCGAGUGAACUUUAUGAAUUUUGGGAACAGUUGUAUUA